GAGCUAUAAUGUAGAUGUACUGAACGGCAGAACGCUAAACGUUGUUGUUUUGAAAUGCUCGACCAUUUAAAAAAAGGUCAAAUUAAAAUAAAACGAGUGCAUGGUGGAGAUUUCCCAAACUACAAUAAUAAUAAUAAUUUGUGAUUUGAAGUGACAACAUUACGUUAUGUUUGGCAUAUUAAAGUACUAGUAAUGUGGGGAGAAAUCGAGCCACACACCAAACCCAGAGAGGGUGAAAACAACUCUGUGACAGGCGCGCAAUCACCAAAUUCUCCAAGUCUAAUGAAGACACAACUGUGGGGGGAAAUCGAGCCAUUCCCCAAACCCAAGAGAAGGAGCUCGGAAGCAGAUGAGAGAUGCUCAGACUCUCCAGAUAUACAGACAGAGAAGAAAGAAAGAAAAGAAAUCUUUGGAGGAAUCAACCCUCGCACCAGAUGUCCUCCAGAGGAUGAUCGAAACACACAGGUGAAGGUUGAGACAGGUGAAGGUUGCCCAGACUCUCCAAAUCUACAGGAUGAACCAUCUAGCUGUGUCAAUGCAAUGAUAGAGGCUAUAUCAGACAGUGGGAGUCCAGUUAAAAGUCAACAGCUUGGUGAACCAGACCUAACUCUGGAGGAGAGGAAGAAGGUCUUAAUGGAUCAGUACAGAUCCAAACCCUUAGUGUUUCUGGAGCGCUAUCAGGCACAUCUGAAGCCAGAGCACACAGAGGCUUUCUCUCACCUGAGCGGCGACUGCAGGGUGCAGUAUUACUGCAAGGAAAUUCAGAAGCGGACGUCUAGCACGACCGUCCGGACAAGAAUCCGUAACCAUCGCUACGCAGCUCUCCGUGCACUUCAGAAGGAGGGCCAGUAUUUUAGCGAGGAACAGAUGCGCGUACGAGAUCCGCUGCUGUACGAGCAGUACAUCGGACAGUACCUCAGUGAAGAGGAGAUCUUCGAGCGCUCAGAAGAGUCCAUGAGGAACGGGCCAAAGGGACUGGCCGACCUGCUUAUCAACUCCUACCAAGAAAAACUGAUCCAGAACCGCCUGGAGGAGGAGCAGGAGAGGGAGCAGUGUGCAGAGGAGGAGUCUGAUGAAGAAGAUUGUGAUGAGCCCAGACAGGCCGAGUGGGAGCCAAAUGAGGAUGAGAAAGCCAUGCUGAGAGAAGAAUUCUUGAGUCAAAUGCAUCAGCGAUUCCUGGAUGGCAAAGACGACUUCAACUACAGUGAAGUGGAUGAGAACCCAGAUUAUGAUAAUCUGGAUAUUUUAAAUCGGGAUGCAGAGGAGCGUUAUUUUGAUGACGACGAGGAAGAGGCUAUGAUGCAGUAGCUAGAAUCAGAUCAGAAUCUCAAUAGAUUUCCUGUCAAUUCUAGAAAACCUGUCCUUUGUCUUUGUAUUUGGUUUAUGUAAAUUAAAGAAAUAAGCACUAAAUUGUCUUUAAUAAAAGAGAACUAUUUUUC